AUGGCCGAGGUUGCGAACGAGAUCAAGCUCUGGGGCAAGUGGUCCUUCGAGGAGGUCGAGGUGUCCGACAUCUCCCUCGAGGACUACAUCUCCGUGAAGCCCGAGAAGUAUGCGCGCUACGUGCCCCACACUGCCGGCCGGUACCAGAAGAAGCGCUUCCGCAAGGCGCAGUGCCCCAUCGUGGAGCGCCUCACGAACGCCCUCAUGAUGCACGGCCGCAACAACGGCAAGAAGCUCAUGGCCAACCGGAUCGUGCAGCACGCGUUCGACAUCAUCCACCUCCUCACCGACCAGAACCCCAUCCAGGUGGUCGUGGAGGCGAUCAUCAACUCGGGUCCGCGUGAGGACGCCACGCGUAUCGGCUCGGCCGGUGUGGUCCGGAGGCAGGCUGUGGACGUGUCGCCGCUGCGCCGCGUCAACCAGGCCAUCUGGCUCCUGGUCACCGGCGCCCGCGAGGCCUCGUUCCGCAACAUCAAGACCAUCGCGGAGUGCCUCGCCGACGAGCUGAUCAACGCCGCCAAGGGCUCGUCGAACUCGUACGCGAUCAAGAAGAAGGACGAGAUCGAGCGUGUUGCCAAGGCCAACCGUUAA